AUGAUUACCGAUCGGCCCGUAAUAGACAACAAGGGAAACGUGAGCAUGAUCGUGGGAGUGGCGAGCGACAGCCGGCCGUUCAAGGAGCAGUCUGUUGCUUCUGCUCUGCCUGGUGCUACUGCUACUGCUGCUGCCUCCCUUCGUCCUGCUGCCUCCUUUGGCGCUGCUGCGUUUUCUCCUGAUGAGUUUCCAUCGCCCUCCACACCACUCCAGAGCAUUCCAUCCGCAACUGCAGCAGAGGACAAGGCAGAGCAUCGGCAGGUAGCAACAGGCUUUAGGCCCCUGCAGCUGCAUGUGACCACGGCGCCACUGCGACCCAUCCGAGUUCCUGAAAACGCAAUUGUUUUUGCAGCAGGAAACGGAGCUGGAAAUGCAACUGCAAACGCAACCGGUUAUGCAUCUGGAAAUGCUUCGUUCCGCGCGGCACGUGUACCCUCUCGGCUUUCUGCUCCUCUGCUUUCUCCAUCGCAGUCCCGCACUGCACCUCUGCAUCGCCCCUCGUUUGCCCACGCUGAUGAGGCUGAUAUGACUGUGCCGCACGCAGACCUUGCUGCUCGUGAUUCUUCUGAAGUCCUGCACUUCCAAGGAAGGGGAGAGGACGGAGGAGAAGCAGCGGCAAUGGCGUUUGAUUCCCUAAAGGGAGAAGCAGCAGUGCCGUUUGAUUUCAGUGCAGAAGGGGGGCCAGGAGGAGGGGAAGCAGGGGUGCCUUUUGAGUUUGAUGCAGAGGGUGAGGCUGCUCACGCGGAGUGCCAGCACCCGUGGCAAAUACCCUUUGCUUCAACUGUCCUGUCCUUGGCUGGCAGGGUGGCGCAGUCAAUUGGGCAGGUGCGGAAACGACUCUCUCCCACCAGCUCCACCGUCUCCUCUCAAACCCACCUGCACCUCGCAGAACCCAUGUCACCGCACCACCACCACCACCCACUGCCACCAUCACCAGCAGCAGCUGCUGCUGCUGCUGCCGCUGAGGCGUCCUUAUCAGAAGCUCGUUUGCAUGGGGGCAUGCAGAGGAUGGUGGUGCAGGGGGGGAGGAGUCCCAAGGCUAGAAGGCUCAGUCCUGAAGGGGACAGGCUCAGCCGCCACAACAGCGGCUCUGGCAGCUCCUGCAGCAGCUCUAGUACUGCUGGCGCUUCUGCUUCAGCUGCUGCUGCUGCUGCUGCUGCUGCUGGCGCUGCUGCUGCUGGUGCCGCUGUUGCUGGUGGUAGCGCUGCUGCUGCUGGGGCUGGUGGUAUAUGGAAUGGUGGUGGGAGUGACAGGGCUCCUGUCUUGGCGCUCACUUCCGCCUCCUUCCUCCCCUCCUCUGCCUCGCUCCUUCCCCUCUCGCCGUGCCAUCGCCCCUCUGUUGCUCCCGCAACACAUGUGACUCAGCUUGCUCCCUUGCAGCCUGAAACGUCCCUUGCUGGCCCUGCUGCUGCUUCUCCUGCUGCUGCUGCUGCUGCUGCUUCUCCGUGGCACGGCUUUGGUUUCAGUUCUGGUGUUGGUGGUGAUGCUGGUGCUGCGGGUGCUGGCGGUGAUGCUGGGUUUGGCUGUGGUUCUCUGGCGGCUGCUGCUGCAGCAACAGCAUGCCAUACACACAUGCAAGAUCUGAUUCUGGCAGAUACACCCAAGGACCAGCGCGGCAUGGCCGGCAUGACCGGCGUGGGCGGCGCAGGCGGCAUGGCCGGCAUGACCGGUGUGGGCGGCGCAGGCGGCAUGGACGGCAUGGGUGGUGUGGGAGACUUGCGAGACAUGGGAGACAUGGGUGGCAUGGUGGACAUGGGAAUGGGGGUUGUGAAAUACAGUGAACUCGGACCAGGACAGGGUCUGGGGCAGCAAGGCUGGGGCAUGGCGAGUGGAGUAGGUGGGCCAGUAAUCCCAGGGCUCGGGAUGCACGGGACAGGGUUGGAUAGGUGGGGAGGAAAUGGAAAGUUGCUGGAGAGGCAGCAGGUCGACGUCAGCAUGGGAGAAGGACAGGAGUACAGGGAGGCUGUGGCGAAAUGGCAGGGCCUGGCACUUGAAAGAUUAGAUGGGCAGGGUGGUGGGGGUGCUGGGAGGGAGUUGAGUUUGAAGGGGGAGCAGGGGAACAGGGAGAGGCAGGAGAGGGAGCGGUUUUGGGAAGAUGGAGUGGCGCGGUGGGAGAUUCGGUGGGAGGACAUUCAGCUGGGGCAGGAGGUCGGGCACGGUGCAUGUGGCACGGUCUAUCACGGCACCUGGAACGGCUCCGAUGUGGCAGUGAAGGUGUUUGCACGGCAUGACAUCAGUGCUGACUUCAUGCAGGACUUUAAGAAAGAGAUCCGCAUAAUGGAGAAGCUCCGUCAUCCCAACAUUCUUCUCUUCAUGGGCGCAGUGGCCUCCCUAGACCAUCUCGCCAUCGUCACCGAGUUCCUCCCUCGUGGAAGUCUCUUCCGCUUGUUGCACCGCCGCACCGCGGGGCUCACCCGCCUGCGCCUGCUGCGCAUGGCUCUUGACGUGGCGCGGGGAGUGAACUAUCUGCACAAGUGCUCGCCCCCCGUGGUUCACCAUGAUCUCAAGUCAGCCAAUCUGCUCGUCGACAGAAACUGGACUGUCAAGGUCGGCGACUUUGGUUUGAGCAAAAUGAAGUUUGCCACGUACCUCUCUGCUCGCUCGGGCCGUGGCACGCCCCAAUGGAUGGCCCCAGAAGUGCUUCGCAAUGAGCCUUCCAACGAAAAGUCGGACGUGUAUAGCUUUGGAGUGGUGUUGUGGGAGAUGGCAACGCGCCAGGUGCCAUGGGAGGGGAUGAACCCCAUGCAGGUGGUGGGGGCCGUGGGAUUCCUGGAGCAACAGUUGCCUCUGCCUCCCUCCAUCGACCCUGCUAUGAGGACUCUCAUCUCCGACUGCUGGCGCAGCCCUAACGAGUGGCCAUCGUUCGAUGAGAUCACAGCAAGACUGAAGAUCAUGGUACAGGAGCAAGAGCAGCUGCAGGUGGAUGGGAGACGAGUGUAA